UUCAAGCUCUCUCUCUCUCUAUAUAUAUACAUGCACCAUAGCACUUGCAUCUCUUAAAACUUGCAGACCCUUCAUUUUUCUUCUGGUUUUCAAUCCAUUGGCAGCAUUAAGUGUUGAAGAAUAUGAGUUCAGAGGAUUUAGGGACUGAUAAAGUUCCCCAUAGUGGUCCAUUAAGUGGACCUUUAAACAAAAGGGUACCAAGGAAAAGUGCUCGGUUCAACGUCCCGGAUUCGAGCUCAUCGAAAGACGAUGGCUACGUUGAGAUUACCCUCGAUGUUUGCGAUGAUUCGGUGGCGGUUCAUAGUUUAAAAGCUGCAAAUGGAGACGAUUUGGAACAAGACCCAGAGUUGGCUUUGCUUGCCAAAGGUCUUGAGAAGCGAACUACUUUGGGUUCAUUAAUGGCGAGGAAUGCUUCGGCUAAGAUUAGGCAAGUGAGUCAUGAAUUGAAGCGUUUAACAUCGUUCGCCAAGAAGCCAGCUCGGUUCGAUCGGACGAAAUCCGCAGCGGCUCAUGCUUUGACAGGACUUAAGUUCAUAAGCAAGACUGAUGGUGGACAUGGAUGGGCAGCUGUUGAAAAACGGUUUGAUGAAAUUACUGGUUCGAACAAUGGGUAUUUGCCUCGUUCACAGUUUGGGGAAUGUAUAGGAAUGGAGUCGAAGGAAUUUGCUGGGUUGUUGUUUGAUGCACUAGCUCGAAGACAAAACGUUCAUGGGGAUUCAAUUGAUAAAGUUCGCCUUAAAUACUUUUGGGAUCAGAUCUCGGAUCAAAGCUUUGAUGCUAGGCUUCAAACUUUCUUUGACAUGGUGGAUAAAGAUGCAGAUGGAAGAAUAACUGAAGAGGAAGUCAAAGAGAUUAUAAGCCGCAGUGCCUCUGCAAACAAACUCUCAAAUAUCCAGAAACAAGCUGAGGAAUAUGCAGCUUUGAUUAUGGAAGAAUUAGACCCUGACAAUUUGGGAUACAUCAUGAUAAAUAACCUGGAAAUGCUUCUUCUACAAGCACCAAACCAAUCUGUAAGAGGAGAAAGCCGAAUCCUGAGCCAAAUGAUAAGCCAGAACCUUAAGCCUACACAUGACCAUAACCCACUGAGGAGAUUCUAUAGGGGCACCAAGUAUUUCUUGGUAGAUAACUGGCAAAGAGUUUGGGUGAUGGCUUUAUGGAUUGCGGUUAUGUGUGGCCUAUUUACAUACAAAUAUAUUGAGUAUCGAAGACGAAAAGAUGUAUUUGAUGUGAUGCGGCAUUGUGUUUGCUUUGCCAAAGGUGCAGCUGAGACACUUAAAUUGAAUAUGGCUUUGAUUCUGCUACCGGUCUGUCGUAACACCAUCACCUGGUUAAGGAACAAGACAAAGCUAGGUGUUGUAGUUCCCUUUGAUGACAACCUCAACUUCCACAAGGUUAUAGCAGUUGGGAUUACAAUUGGGGUUGGAAUACACGGAAUAGCUCAUUUGGCGUGCGAUUUCCCUCGCCUGCUUCUUGCGACACCUGAUCAGUAUGAACCAAUGAUAAAAUAUUUUGGGAAGCAACCCACGAGUUACUGGCAUUUUGUUAGGCAUGUAGAAGGAAUUACUGGGAUUGUAAUGGUGGUGUUAAUGGCUAUAGCUUUCACGUUAGCCACACCGUGGUUCAGACGGGGUAAGAUGAAGAACCUUCCCAAGCCUCUCAAGAAGCUUACAGGCUUCAAUGCCUUUUGGUAUUCUCACCAUCUAUUUGUCAUUGUUUAUACUCUUCUUAUUGUCCAUGGAAUUAAGCUCUUCUUGACCACUAAAUUUUGCAAGAAAACGACUUGGAUGUACUUGGCAAUUCCAGUUUUCCUUUAUUUAUGUGAAAGAUUGACCAGGCUGCUUAGAUCAAGCAUCAAGGCUGUUGCAAUACUGAAGGUUGCUGUUUAUCCUGGAAAGGUACUAGCACUUCACAUGUCAAAACCACAUGGUUUUCGAUACAAGAGUGGACAAUACAUGUUUGUCAAUUGCGCUGCGGUGUCUCCAUUUGAAUGGCAUCCAUUUUCGAUUACUUCUGCCCCUGGAGAUGACUAUCUCAGUGUUCAUAUAAGGACUCUCGGUGAUUGGACAGGACAACUUAGGACCGUAUUUUCAGAGGUGUGUCAACAACCUACUGAUGGGAAAAGUGGCCUCCUUAGAGCUGAUUGCUUGCAAGGAACUAACAACCCCAAGUUCCCACGAGUUCUAAUCGACGGACCAUACGGAGCACCGGCACAAGACUACAAGAAAUACGAAAUCGUUUUGCUAAUCGGAUUGGGGAUCGGAGCAACCCCCAUGAUCAGCAUUGUGAAAGACAUAGUGAACAACAUCAAAGCCAAGGAAGAGCAAGAAGGUGAAGAAGAAGAAGAUAACAUGAAUGCCCUUGAGAACGGAAAUGGAGCAGCUAUUAAUAAAACCAGUCUCUCAAACUCCAAAAGAAGGCUAGAAAACUUCAAGACAAGGAGAGCAUACUUCUAUUGGGUGACAAGGGAACAAGAAUCCUUUGAUUGGUUCAAAGGAAUAAUGAAUGAAGUAGCUGAAAUGGACCGUAACCAUGUGAUAGAACUCCAUAACUACUGCACCAGUGUAUACGAAGAAGGCGAUGCUUGUUCAGCUUUAAUCACCAUGCUUCAAGCACUCAACCAUGCUAAGAACGGCGUCGAUGUUGUUUCGGGUACAAUAGUAAAAUCGCAUUUUGCCAAGCCUGAUUGGCGCAGGGUCUAUAAGCAAAUUGCUGUUAAGCACAACAAUGCAAGAGUCGGGGUGUUCUACUGUGGGAUACCAGCGUUGAUAGAGGAAUUAAGGCAACUAGCUUCGGAUUUCUCGCGCAACACCUCCACCAAGUUUGAUUUCCAUAAAGAGAAUUUUUAGAUAAGAUUUUCAGGGAGAUAAAAUUCGGUCACAUCAUUCAUUUUCGAAUAACCGAUUAACUUAACCGAUUUAGUCCAAUUAUUUUAUUCAAAAAACAAUGUCUUCAGAUCGGAAAAAGAGCAAAGCCAAAAGGAAAAAGAAUGUUGAUUAUUUACAAAA